AUGAUGGAAGAGCAGAAUGAAAUAAUUGGCUAUUUUGAAGCGAAUGUGAAUAAAACAAGUGACGAUGAGAAUGCGCUGGAUAUUGACGAGUCCAUUGAACCACUCUGCUAUGAAUCUGAUAAUUUUCAAACCUUUCAAUAUACGGUCGACGAUAUGUUAUUGGCAGCUAGCAUGGCCGCUACAGUAUUCAAUGUAAUUGUGAUCUUUUGUGCUGUAAAAUUGUUCAAGAGAAGCGGGGAUACCAUGCAUUUAUUUAUUAUCACUAUGACUUGUGGAGAUUUACUGCUGACUGUGUUCUGUCAUCCGAAUGAGUUCCUCACUCGGAAACACGAUUUCCUUCGUCAUGAACGUUUAUGUGCGAUUAUUCACUUCUGCAAUUGGCUAGGUUUGGCCGUCUCCGGAUUAUCACUGACAAUGCUGAAUAUCGAUAAGCUUAUCUAUUUCCAAUGGCCACUCAGUUAUGAUCAAGCGAUGUCCAAGAAGAGGGCAAUAAUUUUUUGUUGUCUUAUUUGGGGUGUUUCACUCGGCUUUGUUUCCUAUGUGUGGCUAUUCAAUGUGGUUCACGUUGGUCCUGAUUGUAUUCUUCAGAUGAGUGACAAGAAACGAUAUUUUUACGAAGUAUUCAUGGUGAUGUUUUGUGUGCUGCCAGUAACCUCAUCAAUGAUUGUCAGCGUUUAUCUUUAUCGUUUAACGAGAGAAAAACUGCUGAGCACUUUUAUGAUUGAUGUAAUUGCAUCACGUGCGUUUAAGAUGAGGUCAUUAGUGUUCAUAUUCGCGACUACUGCUUGGACAUCGUUCAGUUUAUUGCCAUACAGAAUCUUUAAUAUAUGUCGAAUACACUUGUUCAACUGGAAUGAAUUCAACUGUGAACAACGAGCGCAGAUGAAUUGGCUCGCAUGGAUUUUACUUUAUCUGCUGACCAUUAAUCCGGUUCGGUAUUUUCAUUGUUAUGAUGUGAACAGUUGUAUUCAUAUAAAUGAUCGCAUUAGCGAUAGUGAUCGCAUCGGAUCAUUGAACACUAUUACAGGUGAUUAA